GCUGAUCGUUCAUGUUCGUGAGAUUUUACUGGCUAGAGGUUUCGAUUGUUGACCAACCAAUUUUAGAAGUUUGAUUUCUGGUUUGUUUAUGUUUACAACAUCCACGUGAUUCUUUUGUUUGAUGCCGCAGUCUUAAGCAAGUAUGGACGGGGGAGGGGACGCACAAGGUGAGAACAGCCUCACAGACUCGUUCUUCCCAUCUGGGGGUGAACACAUAAACAUUGAAGGUGAUGGAGAUGAGGGUGAGGAAGGCGGUGACCAUGAUGACAUGCCCAAAGAACUUGAAGUGCCACUCAGAGAACAGGACAGAUUUCUACCCAUUGCAAAUGUUGCAAGAAUAAUGAAGAAUUCUGUACCGAAAACUGGCAAGGUAUGUACAAUGAUUGCUAAAGACGCCAAGGAGUGUGUUCAGGAGUGUGUGUCUGAGUUUAUCAGCUUCAUCACCAGCGAAGCAAGUGAAAGAUGUUUUCAGGAGAAGCGAAAAACUAUCAAUGGGGAGGAUAUUCUAUUUGCCAUGUCCACCCUCGGCUUUGACAGCUACGUGGAGCCACUCAAGAUGUACCUGCAGAAAUAUAGAGAGUCAAUGAAGGGGGACAAGCCAUUGCUGCCUAGUGAAGGAGAAAUGUCAGAAUUAGAAGUAGCCUCCUUUGAAAUGCAGACUGCGACCCCCAUGAUAGACCCAAACAAUCAGCAGAACGUGAUCUACACCACAUUUGCUGCCAACCAACCAGGGAUCCAGCAGAUAAAUUUCGGCAAUGUGACGGGGAUGUAGAAGCUGACAGGAUUGUAGAUUAGAGCACUCUCAUUGACUCUUAAAUGGACUUGUUCACAUUUUAUAGGGUCAGACAUCGAUAAAAUGAAUUUCUUGUAAAAUGUGAACAAAAUGCCUGCUUUAAUGGUAAAACAUAAUCAAAAGUUCAUGAUAGUGUUAAAUUGUUAAUGAUUAUUUAAAAAUAUGACAGAAUAUUCUGUAUUUUUCUGAAAAUAGUUAGUCAUGCUAUUGGAAAUGUGAACAUUUAAGGCUUGUAUUUACAAGUCCUGUUUAUUUCCCAAAAUUGCAGUAAUCUUGCUAUUUGGUGUUUUUUCAUGAAAGAGAGUGAAAUAAUCUUAUUUCAACAAUGGGGAAAAAUGUUGCCACCAUAAAAUCUGUAAAUGAGUCCCUUGAAAGACAUAAUGCAACACCGUGGUGAUUCUGUUGAAGAUGGAAGAAUGAAAAGAUGUGAAACUGAACCACUGUGAUAUAAAUAUUCAUUACUGUUAAACCAUUAUGGUCAUUACCCUGGACAAACAAUGGCAUGUUUAUGAUCAAUAUUUUUUUUAAACAAAGUUGGUAAUUAUCGAGGGCAAUCGUUUAUUGAUUAAUGAGUUGUAUAAACUGAACAUGAGAGAUGGAAAUAACUUAUUUAAAUGAGCAUAAGCCUGUUAGCCUGAAAGAAGUUUUUUCCUGACAUUUGCAUAAAAAAUGAUAGGAAGUACCUUGAAAAGAACAUAGUUGAAACAUUUUUUAAAGGGGUCUACUCCUCUUUACCAUGCUUUGGCUAUAUAUCCCUCAUACUCAAACAAAUGACCAGCUCUUCUUUCAGUAUUGACAAAUAUUAGCUUUAGAACUACUGUCUUUACUUGUAGAGAUUUUUAGUAUCUUGCAAAACAAAUGAGUGUGCAAAUCUAUGUUAAUAUUGGUGCAUGUGGCUGAUAUAUGAAUGCCAGGGCAGCUGAAUCAUCCUUUUUUUUUUUUUUCAUGUCAUUAACUAAUGUGUGCCUUUACGGUACUUUUAACUUAUUGUAACUUUCGUAAUAACUAUUAUGAAACAAUGAAACGCUUGUUCAGAACUUUGUUAUGGUUAACAAUGCUGUUAAUGGCAUUGUUGUUAGCUUUAAAAGGUGAACUAUUUUAUGAUGUGCUCUCAAAUCUUGUUUGAAGGACUGCAGAUCACAAGUGUAUCCAUUAAACUGUCAUAGCAUUAAAAAUUAUAAAGUUAAAAACUAGGACGUUAACAGUGUUGUUUACUUUAACAAAGUUCUGACCAACAAUCCCAUCGAUAAACUUUAUGAGUUAUUUAUUAUGAUUCUAUUGUCAAAAAAUAAAUGUUGCUGUAAAACGGCAAAUUAUUGUGACUGAUAGUGUCAAAUUCAAAUGUUAGGUUAAUCACAUGUUUACAUAACACUUACUUUAAUGGCCUCUGUAACAUAUAUGUUGGUAAUUUUAAUUAUUAGAGAGUUUAUACUGUACAAAAAAAUGAAAUAUAGUUUCGUUGUAAAAGAAAACAUUUUUACAUCUGAUUAUGUUUGUAGACUUUUUUCCUCAUGCAUUUAAGUAUCAACUUUGUAUUUAUUUUGAAAACAUCAAAGGAGUAAGAAUGCAGCUGUAAAUGUUUGCAAAAUAUGAACUGUUAGCCAUUUUCAUUUUGUCUUAUGCACAUUUUAUUUUAAUCUAUUAAAUAUGCUUAAAGUACUUUCUCAGGAAAAUGAUUUUGGCGUUUUUUUUUUGGUUUUGAUUUAGAGUGUUCACAUUCAUAAAUAUAUGAUAGUAUACAUUUACGAACAAGUGAAUUUAUGUUGAUGUUCUCAGAACCUCCAUUAGUAAGAUUGAUCUUUCUACACAGCCCUAGUCAAAUAAGAUCUUUAGAGCAGAUGGCAAUUUUAUGAAAAAUCAGCAUUUUGUUUCCCGAUCAGACAAUGAAUUGACAAAAGUUACCAAAAAGGUUGAUAGCUCAUACAUUUCAAUGAGAGAAAAUAGAACUAUGUAUGGUGUUAAAACAUUUAGUUUGUUGAUGCGUUACUUACAUGAAAAUUGAACCCAUUUGAUUCUUCUCUGAUGUUAAAGAUGGUAUUUUUCUGUUGAAAAUCAUGACCUUGUUUUAACUACAUCGACCUUCAUGUGUCAAUUGUUUCACUCACAUUGUAUAUAUUUCAUAGACUUUUGAACACCAAUAAAUCAUCAAAAGUAA